GUGGUGCCGCAACUCGAGCGGCAAGGAAGGGGAAGAAGGAACACUGCGAGGAUGAUUCAUCGUGGCCGUCUUCCGUCUGGCUGUGCCACGCUCCCCCUGCUCCUCUCGCUUCGCCACUGGGGCUCGGUUCGCGGGGGGCCCCUGCUGCCCCGGAGCCUGGCGCCCCUCCCGGCACGCCGCCUCCACUCCGCGGGGGGUCCCCUCGGCUCGGACGGCGGGGGGAGCCACUACAGCCACGUGGUGGUCGGGGCCGGCAGCGCGGGCUGCGUGAUGGCCGGGCGCCUGUCCGAGGACGCAGCGUCCCGCGUGCUGCUGCUGGAGGCCGGCCCCAGGGAUACGGUGCUGGGCAGCAAGCGGCUCGCCUGGCACAUCCACAUGCCCGCCGGAUUGAGCAAGGUCCUCCACAACAGCAAGUACGCAGUGCACUACUACACGGAGCCUCAGGAGCACUUGGGCGGAAGGUCGCUCCUCUGGCCCCGAGGUCGCGUCUGGGGUGGGACCUCGUCCAUGAACGGCAUGAUCUACAUCCGGGGCCACGCCCUGGACUAUGACGGGUGGGAGCAGGAGCACGGAGCGAGCGGGUGGUCGUACGCAAACUGCCUCCCCUACUUCCGCCGAGCACAGAGCCACGCCCUGGGCCCCGACGAGUACCGCGGCGGCGACGGCCCGCUGCGCGUGUCGCGCGUGCCCACCCAGAGCCCGCUGCACGUUGCCUUCCUGGAGGCGGCGAGCCAGGCCGGCCACGCGCUCAACGAAGACAUGAAUGGUUUCCGGCAGGAGGGCUUCGGGUGGUACGACCUCACCAUCCAUCAGGGCAAACGCUGGAGCUCGGCGUGCGCGUACCUGCACCCCGCACUGUCGCGCCCCAACCUGGAGGUGCGAGACGGCGCCGUGGCCACCCGCGUCCUCUUCCGGGGCGAGCGAGCCGUGGGGGUCGAGGUGCUACGAGGCGGGGUCAAGGAGCAGGUAUUUGCCGAGCGGGAGGUGAUCCUCUGCGGUGGCGCAAUCAACUCUCCCCAGCUGCUGUUGCUGUCGGGGAUUGGACCGGAGAAGCAUCUCAAACAAGUGGGGAUCCCGGUGCUGGUAAACAGCCCUGGCGUGGGUCGCAACCUGCAGGACCACCUGAAUGUGAGCGUUAAGCAGAGGUGCGCGCAGCCCCUGACGGCUUACACCGCCCAGAAGCCACACAACAUGAUCCGCACGGGGCUGGCGUGGAUGCUGACGUCUACAGGUCCAGCAGUUACCGCCCAUAUCGACACGGGAGGUUUCGUUCGCUCAGAGCCAGGGGUUCGACACCCGGACCUCCAGUUCCACUUCAUACCGGGGGAAGUCAUCAACCACUUCCAAGAGAACUCCACCAUGGAGGCCUUCCAGGUCAGCGUGUGUGCACUGCGGCCGCAGAGCCGCGGGUGGGUGGAGCUGAAGUCCACCAAUCCCCUGGAUGCACCACUGAUCCAGCCCAACUACCUGAGCACAGACAGAGACGUGUGGGAGAUGCGGCGCUGCGUGGAAGUCGCCCGAGACGUCGUUUCGCAGCGCGCCUUCGGACCCUAUCGCAGUGGAGAGGUCGCGCCGGGACCUGGGGUGAAGACGGCGGCGGAGGUGGACGCGUGGGUUCGCACCCAAGCCGAGACGACCUACCACCCUUGCGGAACGUGCCGCAUGGGCGGGCGGGAGGACGCCGCCGCGGUGGUGGACGAGUUCGCUCGCGUCCGAGGGGUGAGCGGCCUGCGGGUGGUCGAUGCGUCGGUGUUCCCGAGCGUGCCCAGCGGCAACACCAACGCGCCCACCAUCAUGGUGGCGGAGAGAGUGGCCGACCUCGUGCGGGGCCGCGAGACGUUGCCGCCGAGCCACGUGCCGGUGUACGUCGCCGGCGACGAUCGCCAAUGAGUGGCGAAAACCAGCUGCUGUCUGGCAGGCAAGCGGGCGAUGUUCGGGGUCUUUGUAACCGCGUUGCAUUGAUGAGCUUGUGAUCGAAGUGAAACUGGCUAGCAGGUGAAAAUCAAAUGAAGCCACGGACAUGCAAAGGGCUCUUGCAAACACUGAAAGCUGAUCGCCUUUAUUGCGUUUUUUUGCUUUUUCAUGAACCUCAAAUUAUCCUCAUGGCGGUACCCCGGGGUACCAAAUAAAACAAAAUGGCCGAGGCAACUAAAGAUGUUAUUUCUGGGACACUUUUUUU